UCUUGGGUAACAUAUAAAAUACGUAUAUAAAUUUACACUCCUAGUCUUGUUUGUAGCUUACUGCUGUUAUAGCUUCUUUUUUUGGAAAUUUUGUAAUGUGACAUAUUAUAGACACAAUGUUUCGACCAGAUAAUAUCCUUCUUUUACUAAUUUUAUCCGGUGAUAUGGUUUCAGUUCUGCAGAGUAACGGCCUGGAGUUUCUCGAGUGCACCAGUACUUGUUCCGGUUCGUGUAAUUGUUGUAAUUACAAUGACAAUGCCCUGGUAUUACUGGAAGUGGAUGAAGCUUGCGAAACGCAAUCAACGGGUCUGAUAAAGUCUCAAGGUGCUUUACUGAAGAACGCUAGCUUCCGUGUUUCCCAUCCGAACAGCUGUCUUACCAAAUUUCCUCAAAACUUUUGCCAGUUUCCUACCAUCAAGACCUUCAGUUUAAAUAAAAACAAAAUACGAGAAUUGCCAAAUGUGUCAUGUUUGAAGAAAUUAGUGAUAUUGGAUAUGAGUUACAAUAGAAUUGAAAUUUUAAAAUCGGGGAUAUUUGAUUCAUUGGGGAUGUUACGUGAUAUAUAUCUUUCUGGAAACCAAAUACAUACUGUGGAACUCGAUGUUUUCCAUGCAGGAUUGCAUAGUAUCAACAUAGUUUAUCUUGAUAACAACAAGCUGACUGAGGCUGAUGUUUGGGUGUUGAAUAUAACACACAAGUUCUGUGUCUUUGACCUUAGGUCGAAUCAAAUUUCCAAAAUUACAAACAAAGCUCAUUUUAAAUUGGAUAAUAGUGAGACUUAUGGACCGGGAUACUCUGAUUUACGGUAUAAUAAUUUAACAGUUUGGCCAGCGGAAGUUUUAGAAAAUCUUGGAGAUAGCAUACAAAUAUCACUAAAUAAAAUCUUACAUCUCAGUUUUGAUUUUCGGAACAACACAUGGAACUGUGAUUGCCAAUUUUAUCCCAUGAUGUCAGUAGUUGAUAAUAUAUAUAAACAUUUAAUCAGGGACCAUUUGAUGGUUCAGUGUAACAGUCCACCAAAUUUGGCCGACAAACUAAUUACUGAAGUAAAGAUGUCAGAAUUGAUAUGCAACGUUUCAGUUUUCUGUCCCACUGGAUGUGUAUGCCAGAACAGACCUAGUUCAAACAAAAUGGUAAUAAACUGUCAAAAUGCUGGACUUACCAAAAUGCCUCAAAAGUUACCAUAUCACGAACGUAUAUAUAUGUAUUUCCAGAACAAUUUUAUAAGCCAAUUACCAGCACUACCUUACAUGAAACGAAUUGUUUACUUAGAUAUCUCAAAUAACAAUUUAUCAUUUAUAUCGAGUUCGGCAUUCGAUGGUGCCCAUCGAUUGGAGUACCUUAAUCUCUCCAAUAACAAAUUGAAUGAUUUGCCUAAAAGUUUCAAGAAAUUACACCGAGUCACAAUAGACAUUUCCAAUAAUACUAUAAAGUGCUCUUGUGCAAACGUUCAUAUGUGUACUCGAUCGAAUGGAAGAACACUUAUCAUUGAAAAAGCCAGACUGGGAUGUAAGCCGUCUGUUUCUAAGACUAAGCUUAUUGGUGUUGUUUUAGGCGUAAUAAUUACCCUCCUGCUUACCGCCAUGUGUGCCUAUUUCAGACAUGAGCUGUUGUUGUUGUUUUAUAUUUAUAUUUUGAAGAACUGUAAGAGGCAUACGUCUGACGGGCUUAAGUAUGAAACAACGUUCGAUGUCUUCGUGAUAAUUGAUGAAGAUCAGGACACUGAUAGAUUGUGGGUUCGAGAACAUUUAUUGCCGUAUUUUGAUAAAUAUUCUAUCAAGUCUUACAUUUCAUAUCGUGAUGGAAUUCCUGGCGAAGUUACGGUUGAUGCGAAUAUUACAAAUCUACACAACAGUCGCUCUGUAUUGGCUGUUGUUUCGAGGUCAUGCCUCAGAACAAAAAUGUUUCAACUACAGGAGGCAUAUGACCAUAUGAUUAAAGCGGGGAAUGGUCGAUUCGUAAUUAUUAAACGACUAAAUGUGUCUCCAUCUUCUGUUAGUAAUGGACAUAUUAGAGCCAUGUUAAGGUUGAGACAUUUUAUACAUGAAGACGAUCAGCAUAUUACAGACAAGCUUUUAUUUAUGGCCCGCAACCAACAAGAAUUUUAAUAUAUAUGUCAUAAUAAUAUAUAAACUUUGCGCAAAGCAAAAGAUAUAUUAUCUUGGCAAAAGAUAUAAUAUCUUGGCAAAAGAUAUAAUAUCUUGGCAAAAGAUAUAAUAUUGAUCCUUGGACAUCUAUGUCGAUGAUGAUAACAAAUCUACGGUUGUUUUUGUUUGUUGUUGUUUUGUUUUAAUCGUCUAUAAUAUCACAAUCAGAAUACGUUGUAAAAUGUCUUUAAAGGCAUAUAAUACCCAUAUAUUUUUAUACAUAAUGUGUGUGCACUCCAUAUUCAUAAAUAAUAAACAAGCGGUAUUACCUGUU